UGGAACCCUGGCCAGGCCUGGACGCUUUGCUUCCCCCAAAUCAUUCGAGACACAGCAGCCAUAUACUCGUAAAUGACAACACUGCCUGUCUCCUCCUGCAUAAUGAAAUGAGGAAGUAAAUGAAGAUAAAAAUUUAAAGGAAGCAGGUGAGAGAAACAAAACACAGUGACUUAGACAAAUCGAGGGCAGAGUGUGCCUGGGCUCCGCGCAAGUCCCCGGAGGCACUGGCACUGGACGGUGACCAGGGAGAGAGCCCGCAGGCAGGACAUGUGGCUGCUCCCAGCCCUGCUCCUCCUCAUCGUCCCAGGCUCAUCAGUUCCCAUCACGGGUCCAGAAGCAGUGAGAGGUCAGGAGCGGGGAGUCUUGACCGUGCAGUGUCGCUAUGACCGAGGAUGGGAGACCUACCUGAAGUGGUGGUGUCGAGGGCCUGUUUUAGGAAGCUGCAAGAUCCUUGUUCAAACCAAUGGAUCAGUGUUUGGGGAGAAGAAGCGUGUGUCCAUCAGGGACCAUCAGACAAACCGCACAUUGACUGUGACCAUGAAGGAGCUCAGGCGGGAAGAUACAGACACUUACUGGUGUGGGAUUGAGAGAACUGGAACUGACCCUGGGUUCCGUGUUAAAGUGACCAUUGACCCAGCAACUGCAGUGUUGACCCUCACCUCCGCCAUCACCUCCACUGCCAACGCAUUCACAGUACCAGACACCCCAGAAGACACCACCGGCUCCCCGACUGUGACCAGCCAGCACUCCGAUGGCAGGUCCCUGCUCAGCAGCACCCGCUUCCUGCUCCUGGUCUUCCUGGAGGUGCCCCUGCUUCUGAGCAUGCUCGGUGCCGUCCUGUGGGUGAACCGGCCUCAGCGGGGCUCGGCGGGGAGGCAGAGUCAGCCCCGCUCUGGGGACCAGUAACCAGUAGCUCCCGUGUUCAUCGAUGUCAUGUCUGAAAGUAAGAAACUCAAACGGAAGAAAGAUUGUUUUAUUGUGAAAUGACGGUGGUCAGCAGGGACCGUGGCUCUAGAGGCAGCCUGGGCCCUGCCUCAGGGACAGGACCCUAAUCCCUGGGGACCCACAGCUGUGAUGCCUGGGCCUCUGCCGCCCCCUGCUGUGCACAACCCCUGGUGUUCCCUGUCCUGAGGCCCCCUCAGAGCAGGAAAUACGAACAGAAGUGCAGGAAGAGGCCUUUCGCCUGGGGCCCAAGUCCUUGCGGGGCAUUUCCGGCCUCAAGCCCGUGAGCCACCUGCCAGGGUCCUGGGCUGAUUUCUGCGUCCCGUGUCCCCUGAGGUUUAGGGCUCCCGCCAAUCCCGGUUUCACAAUUCUUGACCCAUGAAUAGAAAAACCGAACCGUGCACUGACGACACGCCAACCACGAGUGAAGCCUGAUGCACGGGGAACAGAAGCUUCUGGAACCCUUGCCCUGCUGCGUUUUUGUCACGUGUCGGGAAGGAAGUUCUGGUGCCAGCUCCAUCCCUUGCCUCCUGCACGUCUGACGUUGAACUUGGCAUCACAGCCCCUCAUGGUCCCCAUCACCCUUCCUGUUAGGAUGCGUAAAUGUUCUCACUUCUUUUGAGAGCAUCCGGUGUGGCUGCCAGUCCCAUUCUGGCGUCACAGGGAGAUGCCCACGUAUGUUGGGGACUGUGACGUGAACCAUCGGUCGGACUGUGGAGCCUGGACCGGCCUAGCAGCUGGGAGCUUUCAAGAGCCAGACCUGGAUCGCUCCCAUCAGGAUGGGAGCCUUCCUGGCCGUCAACUGUGGAGGAGGGAUGAGGACACCAGGAUGCUGCUGCUUCGGAAAGACAAAAACAUUCUUCCUCUCUGGCUCCUCCCUGGACUUGAACUUCUGGCAGCUUCAAGAUUGAAAAGGGAGGCCACUAGCGCAAAGGGCAGAAGAAACAGUAUGAGACAGGCCAGGAGGGACGGUGUGGGACAUGGCCAGGGGAGGUCUCGUCAACGAGGGACCCUGCUCAUCCUGCUGGGGCCAACUUGCCUCACCGGGUUGCCCUCUGCACUGUUCUUGGGCUCUGAGACCCGCCAUGAGCAUCUCUUUUAAAAAAAUCCUCCCCCAAGGAUAUUUUCUCAUUGAUUUUUAGAGAGAGUGGAAGAGAGAGGGAAAGACAGAGAGGAACA